AUGGCGUUCCUUAAGCCCAUUGCCUUUAUGUUGGCAUGUACGACAAUUGGAAACGCGCAGGACUUAAACCUCAAUGAUAUAGAUAUGCGUAAGAUGGUGUUUGACAUGAACAGAAAAAUUGAUUCCUUGGAUAAAAGAGUCGAACUUCUAGAGGAAAGACAUAAACUGCUAGAAACAAUUGAAAAAUUGGUGCAAGGAUCGGGCGAGACCCCCCAAAUUGCCUUUACCGUUUCCGUUUCAACGAAACAAAUCGAGAACCUUGGCAAACAUCAGACUAUCGUAUUUGACCAUGUGAUCACCAAUGUAGGGAGCAUGUACAACCCUUUGACUGGUAUAUUCCAUGUUCCAUACUCGGGAACAUAUGUCCUUAGCUUGACUUUCAACCCCGGGAAGUUGACGGAAUCAGACACGUACCUAGAAAUUGUACAAAACGGUGCACAAUUGGCAGAUGUCCUUGUCGAGACGGAGCUCGAGAUUCUGCUGGCAACUAUAUAG